UAGGUUUUCUGGACAGAAAACCUAUUCAGAAAUGGGUUUAAUUCGCCUCCACCCACUUACUUUACCAACAAUUUCUGGGUUCAUAUCGAACAUUCGCAAGCCAACCGACUUAGGCAGGUAGGAUUGGUUAUCAAGAAGUUUGGGCUUGCUUUGCGGCUCUGACCUGCAUUAUGCUGCAAAAAGAUGUGGCAUUUUAGAUCUGACAUAUAACCAUUUUGGUAUGUAGUGACGAGCUGGCAUACCGAUUAAGUCAUCUAUAAUCAAUAACCAAACUAGACAACUGAAAACUGACCUAUAAACUUCCUGCAGUGAUGGCGUUUAAACAGAAGCACCGUUCGAAGCAAUUACGACUCAGCUCAAUAAUUACACACUAGCUAGUAUUUUACGUCCUAUAGUUUUUAGUCUAUACCGACAACCGGCUAUAUGACUAGUCUAAGCUGUGUGUUGUUAUCUGCAUGAUGGGCGUACUUAACCGUACUAUGUUGCCUCGUCAGUGCACAGUUUGGUUUUCUAUGCGUCCCAGUCUUUCUAAACUCCUUUAUUACCGUCUAUAGCUAUGCAUCCCCUUCUUGCCUCUAUAUUGCCUUAUUUCGGUUGUCUCGGCUGGCAACGGAAAGCCACCAACGCAGCUUCUCAAGAUCCAUUGUGCUCUAUCCUACAUGACGGAAAAUACCGAAUAAAUGGAUGCCCCGGGUUUCGAAGGCAUUACAUAAAACGGCAAGUUGGUGACAGCUAUAAAAUUGUGCGCCAAGUGAGCAUGUGCGAUUUCAAUGAAGGAGGACAAACAUUUACUACCUUUUGGACUGAGACGUUCAACAUAGAAGAAAGAAAGCUGCGCAAGUCCGAGCGUGGCCGAGAGUUACUGGAAGAUUAUGAUAUUUGCAAGCGACCCAAUCGUUGAUCUUCUUUUCUUUCUUUUCCCUGCAUCUUUCUAUCCUAUGAGCUUCCUAUGGCCACACUUAACGCGGCGGCAGAUGUAUAUAUUCCGAGCAUUGAUUACCCUAUGUUACUUUCAUCAUCUCUUGAUUGUUAUUUCCUGUCCCAUCGCAACAUGUGCUUUAUACAAAUUGCCAUUCACAAGCCAUGCGGCAAGAAGUACGAAGGCCUGAUUCCUUGUGGCCCAGUUUUCUGUACGCCUGAUAAAUACAACGCAACACGAAC